AUGCCCAUGCAUAGUGUGGAUUGUCCUAGGUGUACUGAUACUCAUGAAACUAUUAUGCAUGCUCUGGUGCUUUGUCCCUUUGCUGGUAGAGUCUGGUUUAUCUGUGAUUUCAACAUUAACACCCAUUUUUUUCAAGACAAAUCUUUCAUUGGUUGGCUUAUUUUUUGGUUAACCGAUCCUCAGUCUAAACUCUCUGAUAAAGCUCAAAUUGUUUUCGUUGCUAUCUUAUGGUCUCUUUGGACUAGCAGAAACAAUUUCAUUUUCCAAAAUAUUGCUGAAAAUCAUACUACUGUCCUUGCUAGAGCCAGAGCUAUGCUUCUCACUAGAAAAACUAGCUUGACUAUUUCCACUACUGCUUCUGUCAGUAUUUGUGAUAAAUGGAUGUCCCCCUAUUUUGGUCGGAUUAAAUGUAAUACUGAUGGUGAAUUUGAUGAUAUUUCUGGAGCAAAUGGUGCAGGGUAUGUGAUGCGAGAUUUCUCAAGAAAAGCAACCUUUUGUGCGUCCUUAGAUUUUGAAGAAGCUGAAGCUAGAGCCAUCUGGGAAAUACUAAAGAAAGCCUUGGAGCAACACUUAACUCACAUCAUCAUUGAAAGUGAUGUUAAAUCCCUCAUCGAUCAAUUUUCAGCUGGGAAUUUCGAAGGGAAUACGCGUACGGAUGCUAUUUUUAAGGAUAUUCUGUUGUUCUCUUCUAAGUUAGUUGCUUGUAUUUUUAGUUUUCAACCACGUUAUUGUAACUCUGUGGCUCAUGAACUUGCAAUUUGGGCUAAGAAAAACAAUUAUAUUAUGUACUGGUCCGUCCCUCCUGUUUGGCUUCUACCAACAGUUGAGGAGGGUCAUUAUCCUUUUUGA